ACUGUCACUUUCUCGACGAAAUUGUAUAAACACCGCGGUCCGUUUUAUAUACAAGUAAUAAAAAUGGAUGCUAUAUGUCGUUUGUGCAGUUCUACUAAAUUUGUCAACAAUUACAUAUUUGAUGAAGAAAAUGCACUGUUUUUAAAAAUGUCAUUAUAUUUACCCUUUAAGAUACUGAAGAACGAUCGCCUGCCUCAGAAGAUCUGUGACAAAUGUAGCUGCAAAGUAAACGACUUUUACCAGUUCUGUAACGAAGCAAUCGAAGUCCAGUCAAAAUUACGCAGUAUAUUAAUAGCAUCAGGCAUCACAUUGGGCGACAGUGACAAUUGCUCAGCAACAGAAGCUGAGUCCUAUUCCUCCACUCUCAAAAUAAAAGUUCUACUAGAGCAAGAAACACAGACGGAGAGAGAUGAAUCGACUAAUGUGAAAGUUGAUGUCAAAGUGAAAGAAGAAAAAGUUGAACCAAAACCAUCCCCACCACAGCUGCCCGUCAAAACUGAAAAUGAUUGUUCAGACAGUGAGAGCUCAGCCGGCUCCAACGCUGUGCUCUCCGAUGCAAGUGAUGACCUAUCGCUGUUCAGUCUUAAGGAGAUAAAAAGAAUAGAAAACGGCAACACAACUAAGAAUGGUCAAGUACAAGAAAAUAGAAGAGGUAGAAAGAGGAAGGGAAAGUUAAAAGAUUUCCACUUAUUGAUUAACACCCUCAACUCAAACUCGGCUCUCACUGUGCUUACAAAAAAAGAUAGAAACAUAAUCGCGGACGAUGAGAAUAGAAAGAUAAAGACGGAGGAAAUAGACACAGAUGUACAGAAGAAAAACAAGAGAAGUAAAAAGGGGGAGCAGCCUCAGGAUGUGUACCAGUGCUGCAUCUGCUUUGAUAAGUUCUAUGCCAGACCCGACAUCCUGCAACAUUACAAGUCUCACGCCAGCGCCGCGCCCCCCGCCCCGCCGCCCGCCGCGCCCCCGCCCCCGCCCGACACACCGCCUCUCAAGUGUCCGCGCUGCAACAAGACACAGACGCUGCAGGAGGGCGAGUGGGCGGCGCACUGGCGGCGGCACUGGCGGCGCGACUGCCAGCCCUUCCGCUGCGGCCUCUGCGAGAAGACCUUCCGCGACACCUACCAGCUCUUCCGACACGGGCUGGGGCACGAGGCGGCGGGCGCGCAGCCCGACAAGCGGUUCGUGUGCGACGUGUGCCCCGAGAGCUUCGUGUACCUGCGCUGCAUGUUGGCGCACCGGGCGCGCGCUCACCCCGAGGCGGGCGGCGCAGUCGCGCUGCGCUGUCGGCUCUGCGCGCGCCAGUUCGCGCACACCAACUCGCUGCGCCGUCAUCUGCGCUCUCACACCGGCGAGCGCAACUUCCUGUGCAGCGUCUGCGGCAAGGCGCUCUCCUCCGCCGAGCACCUCAAGUACCAUCUGCGCAUCCACUCCGGCUACAAGCCCAACGUGUGCGGCGUCUGCGGCAAGGGCUUCGUCAAGAAGUGCAACCUGACGCUGCACGAGCGCGUCCACUCCGGAGAGAAACCGCACGUGUGUCCGCAUUGCGGCAAAGCCUUCUCUCAGCGCUCCACUCUCGUCAUACACGAGCGCUACCACAGCGGCGCCAGACCCUACGCCUGCGCGCGCUGCGGCCGCGGCUUCGUCUCCCGCGGCCUGCUCACCAUGCACGUCAAGAGCCGCUGCUACGCGCCCGACGACUGCAGCUAGACCCUCCGCCACUGCAGCAAGACCCUCCGCCACUGCAGCUAGACCCUCCGCCACUGCAGCUAGAGUCUCCGGCAC